AGGAGAGGGAAGGGGGCUCCACAUUGAGGAGUCUCGGUGGAAGGAGCCGGGCUGUGGAUGGUGCUCUGAGUUGCGGUCGGUGACCCGGAAGGUUUCCGUUGGACUCGGUUCGCCGCCCAUCCCCGGGGUACAUGUCACACAGCGCCAGGUCUGUAUGGGGGGGCCAACAUGGCGGGAGCUGGGGGGGCCCCCGGGGGCCCCAGGGCGGGGGGGGAGCGGGGAGGGGGGGGGUUUAACUCUCACACCGCCCUGUGUGUUAUAUAACGGGGGGGCCCCGGGUCUGUCUGUGUGGCCCCCAGCCUGCUGCUGUGCUGGAGAUCUGCAGAACAUGGCGCCGGCACAGGCAGCAGGCUCAGGGGCCAUUUUUGUUUUCCUUUUGUCUGCAGAUUUUAUUAAAACUGUCUGAGAAUGUGGGAGAGGCGGGCAGGGGCCACAGGGGGGCCUGGGGGGGAUGGGGAGGGGCCCUGUGCCUGUCAGGGGCCCUGCUCUGAGGUGGGGGUGCAGGCUGCUGCAUGGGGGCUGUUUCUGGGGGUAAUUCUCAGGAUUUUAACGCUCAGUCUUAAACCCCUUUGUUCCCAGGUGCCGGCCGCUGCACGUCCUUUUAUUUCACAUUUUAGGGAAAAAUAACCCUUUUGUGAUGGAUUAUUCUAGCCCGCCUCAGCCUUCGCAGGCGCUAUAACGUGCUAUAUCCUGUUGCCAUAACAACUAACCUCUCCCUCUCAAGCCUAUGUUAUAAAUGUAUAUUUUUGUUUUUGGGGGUGAUGGGCCUCGUCCGCACUGUGGUUUGAAGCCUGAAAGUCUGCGAGCGAAAUGUGGCCGAGUCGUGGUAUAAUCCACCGUUGCUGCGUUUAUUAAAUAGUUAACCCUUCCCACGGCAGACGGGCGUAUGCAGAGCUCUGCGAAGGGCAAUAUUCAGCUGACCCGGCCUCCACGUAAAGGGUUAAAAUUAAUAGAUACAUAGUCUGUUUCGCAACCCCCACCCCCCCUUACACACAUACACACGGGGCCUGUGUUAAUGAAAGUUUCCGGACAUUGGUUAGGUCUGUGUUAUGAAUGACCAGACUGCACCAGAAAUAGUUUCACCAGUCCCGGUAUAGCUGGUCUUAAAAAAAUUAAUGUUACAUUGUUUGCAUUAUUUCUCUCCUUAUAGAGCCCGCACCGCAGUUGAGAUCCAUUUGGCCUUCCUAAUCUCUCUGGUGUAAAAUUUGCCUAAAGGCUAUUUUAUUUAUUAUUUUUUUUUGAAAUACUGAUUUUAUUUUUUUUGGAGAGGGGGGGUGAUUUUCCGCAGGCUAGAGCUUAACGGAAUGAACAUUGUGAUUAUAAUGUUACCUGGUUGUGAUGCUUUAUUGAGCAAGGCUAUUGUGCUGUAUAAGAAAAAUCUCAUAAUUCAGAGAUUUUUGAUAUUUUACGUACACUUUUUUUGUAUUUUGGGUUCGGUGGUGUUUGUAUAUACUUUGUUACGUCUGCAGUUGAGAGAUGUUUUUGUGUGUACUGUGAGCUCAGUAUUUAGUGUCCACUUUUUAGUGGUGUGUGUGUGUGUGUGUGUGUGUGUAUGUGUGUAUAUGUAUGUGUAUAUAUAUAUAUAUAUAUAUAUAUAUAUAUAUGUAUAUAUAUAUUAUAUUUUGUGUGUACUUGGGUUUUGUUUAAAUUUGUGAAUGAUUUGGGUCUCUUGUUUUUGAUACAUAUCUAAACUAGGUUAUUUAAAAAAAUAAAUAAAAAAUAAUAAAGACAGUGGGGAAUUGUUUUAACAUGUGAAGAUGUAUGGGCCUCUAUAUAACAUGUCAUAUUACUUGUGCGUUGUGGUGUUGGUGUUACUAUUUUUUUGUACUUUGGGUGGUGUUUAAUAUGUUACUAUUUGUUUAGUAUUUUAAAUGUGUGUAGUGCGGGGUUUAUGUUUCACAUAUAUUUUGUUUAUUGCGGCUUGAAACUUAUAGUACAGAACAAACUUUAUCUCUUGGGGGCUAACAAGCUACGCAAAUAUUGCUAUCAUGGCACACGAUGUACAAAGGUUAAGUAGAUAUUGCCAAUGUUUCUGAUUAACAUAAACAACAACUUAAGGUGAAAUAUAAUUUGAAAAUACAAUGUUUCGUCAAUUUUUAUUCCAAUAGAUGCUGAUUUUAAUUUUUAGUAUUGUUGUUUGGUUAGUAAAGUGAUCCUUUUUGGAGAUUGUCAAAAUGUACUUUAUCUGUAAGUAUUGACCUAAACUGUAAUAGAUAAAUAAAAUAUCAAGCCUUCUGUAUAAAUAGCCCUUACCUUAUUUGUAAUCCACAUGCAGGAAGUGUCCUGGUCCAUUUGUACUUCCUGUCUGUGAAAUGCAAGAUUGUAUGCCAUAUGCAGAUCUUGUUCUGGGACAUUACAAACAGUCCAGCCAGCGUGGCUACAUGCCAACGGUCAACAGAAUACACCUAUUCGUCCUAUCUUGAGAUCUCAGAUCGUAUUUAAUGAUUUGUUUUCAAGAUCCAGUCUGUGUCAAUUGAAAAAUGCCCAAUAGCCUAGCACCAUCUCAAGCAUUCUUCAUAUGACUAGUCUUUAUUAAACUGUAACUAAAAGCGAGAAAUAAGAGGUCUAUGGACACAGAGAAGAUCACAUAGACCAAUGGAAACUAUGAGCAUGUAAGCCCUUAGCAACAGACAGUCCAACAAUAUCGAAAUCUAACGUUUUCCUGUUCAUACAAAUAGCACACUUUACUUAUGUAAGGGAAAGGUCGGUGAGAAAGUUACAGAAUCCGUAAAUAAUCUACCAGCAGGAAGUGGUCUUGAGAUAAGUCAGGGGGUCAGCAGUCUGGCAUCGAAUUUGUACAUAUGGUCAAGCUUUGGUUCCAGAAAAUGGUCCAAGUACAAUCCGGUGCAUUACUCGCCAUUAGCAUUGAGUAAAAAUUCAGCUCUGGCUAGUCCUAAUUUACCUCUGGUUAGAGAGCCAUGGCUUGCAGUGGCAAGUCAUUGUUUAGGCCUCGCUAGUGGUGUUUGACUUGAAACUUUGUGCUCUGAUCCAAUGGAUAUCACAAAGUGUCUGAGAAUUAAAUGGAGAGUGUCCAGACAGAGCCUUUUUUUCCCUGUCCGGGAUCCAUCUUUAAAUAGAACAUUGCGGAGAAAGUUGAAAUCCAGGAAAGAAAACCUAAUUCAGCUCACUUUACCCUAGGAUGCGAUUGGUGCAUUUGUCCAGUAUAUCAGAAUUUGAAUUUCAGAACUGGACAUUGUUUUAUAAGAUGUUAACAUCUGCAUCCCGCUUCUUGGUAGCAACAUUUUUUUUAUUUUUUUUCCCCAAUUUUUAAUUUUAAUAUUAUUUUGGAGAAGUGUGAGCCCAUGUUUCUCAUGUUUGUAAGAGUUUUGCUCAGAACCUCAUCCUGUUAAUUUUAGGUGCCGUGUUUAACAUCUUUUAUUAUGCUUGGACUACAGGACAAACAGCGAGUCGUGAUGGUUUUAGAGUCUCCCUGAUGCUGAGUAGGGAGAGUCAAAUUCUUUGGAAUUAAAAAAAUAAAUAAUAAGCAUGCAAGAAGCCUGUAUGCGUAUGUGAGUGUGUGUGUGUGUGUGUGUGUGUGUGUGUGUGUAUAUGUAUAUAUAUAUAUAUAUAUAUAUAUAUAUAUAUAUAUAUAUAUAUAUAUAUAUAUAUAUAUAUAUAUAUAUAUAUAUAUAAAAAUAAGUAAUUUAAUUAGAUUAUCUUUUAUUUUGGUUUUUAUUUAUUAGGACCUAUGGCAUUUCUAUUGAGUGGUUAGAACAAGGCAGUGUAUCAUUACAACCAUUCUAUAUAUAGUUGGUACUUAGAAAAUUCUCACAAUGUAAUUGAAUCAACCUUGGUGUAGUCGGGUUUUAGAUACGUAUUUGGCUUUAUUGUACACCUUUUUCUUUAGUUUUCUUUUGACUUGGUGUAAAAUAUUAGUUCUUACUCAUGCUGGUUUCCAUGUCAUUCACUUUCUUGUAUAUUUCAGGAACGAAAACCUAAACUUUUGACAGAGGUGUUGAGAGAGCUCAUUUCACAAAUCCAUUCUUUGUUUACCUUGCUCGGAGAUCACCUCUACUUUUCAUCAUUUUAAAGUCUAUAAAAUGAGUGCCAUUGAGUUGGGUAAUGGCAACAUCCAUUAAUCAGCUGCUGAUUUAGUUAAAAUACAAAAGCUUAAUCUCAGAGACCUCAUGAGGAGAAAUGUAUUGCGUUUGCACCACAUCAGCUGUCUGGAAGGGCACAAUUGAGGUGUUUCGAGAGAGUAGAUUCUCCUGCCCCAGUCUGACAUGUCAUGAGUCCUCCAGUGAUGUCAAAGACAAACCGCCGAUGGCAAACUUGCCAAAAUGUGUGAAGUGUGCAUGCUGGUAUGAUUUAAUUGUUACAGAGGCUCAUGGGAAAAGUUAAUUAGCAUGAAAUCCCCUGACUGCCUCAUUUUCUAAAGGCACUUGUGAUGUCAGGCUUUAGUUUUUUUUUUUUAAUUAAAACAUACAUAAAUAUGUAAAAGUUUGGAGACGUACUGAAAAUGAGGCGGGAGGGGGGAUAAAUCGCCCUAUUUCACACGUUUAAUUCUGAAUACCAAUACAGAGCAUCAGUUACUGGAAACAAAGUCUAUGAUUUUUUUUUUGUUAGUUUUUUUCUGUUCCAAUUUUAUUCCAUAGUCCUGAGACCGUUAAUGUUUGGGGGAUCCGUUGGCCCUUGCGGGUGGCUGGGUGGGUUUGUUGGUGUUGUAUGUUUUUAUAUAAAUUGUUAAUAGAUCAAUCUCUCCAUGUUCUAAUUCUGUGUAGACUGCGAAGGUUAAUAGGGGUAUUCAGAUCUUCUGCUUUUGGAGAAAGUUUGCAAGACCAUAAUGAGUAGAGCCUUCUUGUCGGGAGCAAUUAACAAACAGCGCAAUAAUGACGUAUUUAUUGAUGACUGAAUAGGUGGGAAUGUGCCUUUCCCUUUUUAAUUUUCUUCUACAGAUCAAUAAGAAUGUGUUUGCUUGUUAAUUUAAUUACAAGGUUAUUUUAGAAGGGUUUGUGAUUUUGGGGGGGGAAAUGACCGUUGGAAUGCCACGACUGAGUAUCUGUCAGUUCCUUGCUACCUCUAAGAAUGGAUCAUCUGUUUGUUUGGUCAGAUUCGCUAGUGUUUAUUGACGAAACAUUGAUUCAGAAUAACAGAAUUGAAAAAGUGAUAUUUAUAAAAGGAUAUUCACACCCUCUUAUGUCACACCCUCUUAUCCGCUUUCUCCACCUUCAGCGAGUGAGCCUCGACGUACAUACUUGACCACAAUUUCUGAGAACUGUAAUAUGUACAACUAAAAUGAAAUUUAGAACAAGAACAAUGCAUCUUAUUUACACAGACUGAUUUCUAAAUACAUUUAUUGUAUUUUAAAGACACAUUACUGGGAGUAUUAUUGCUGUGGAGUUCUGUUAUACACUCAGACACAUUACUGGGAGUAUUAUUGCUGUGGAGCUCCGUUAUACACUCAGACACAUUACUGGAAGUAUUAUUGCUGUGGAGCUCUGUUGUACACUCAGACACAUUACUGGGAGUAUUAUUGCUGUGGAGCUCUGUUAUACACUCAGACACAUUACUGGGAGUAUUAUUACUGUGGAGCUCUGUUAUACACUAACACACCAACGAUAUGAAGCUCCUAGAAAACAGACGCUUGGGAGGUAUGCUCAAAUUUUGGUGUGUUAUGGGGCUGUAGGGUUGAUCUCGUCGGCCACGUUUUUCGGUACCUCUUCACUAUUUUUGUUCCUUGUUCUGUUCUAAAAGUCAAUAUUUGUGUUUUCUGAAUCAAUGUUUCCUUGCGUGUGCACACAGCCAGAGGUGGCAUGAAAUCUCUUGUCCUCAUGGCCUAGAGUUCUGCAUUUAUUUUUGUAUAAAAUUCCAAAAUCACAAAAUACCUGUUGGGUUUUUUUUUUUUUUGUGUGUUUGUGUGUGUUUUAAUCGUAGGUAAAACUUAAAGCGAAAUGUUUCCACACAUUUAAUUGAUACAGAUAAACAGAAAUGAUAUCACAAAAUUUUGUGGUAAAUUAUGGCAAAGAAAAGACAAGGCAAUGUGUCCCUACCACACUCCUACUCAGUCACCCAAUUGUUGAUACACUUACAAUGUGAAUGAAGAGAAAACGUUUUCGGGUGCAGAGUAACCCGUCCCUGGAGUUUGAUGCGGUGAAUAAUAUAGCAGCAUACACUAUCCUACAAGUACGAGACGCUUCCACGUGGGGAGGCUUAAAACACUGUUUUCGAGGGCUCAAGUAUACAAAAUCAUACACUGAGGGACUCACACCUACCAUUAGAUGAGUUGGCGCCCAGCUCAGGGUGCUUAAAUAACGCUGUCUGCAUGGCCUGCCCUUAGGUUACUGGUCUGUGUGGUUGGCAGGCAUUCAGACACAACCUUUUUGGGCAGUGCCAGGGACAUUCUGUGCAUCACUGGCCCACCUCUCUUUACCAUAGUCACCAACAUCCUGCUUCACAGGAUGCUGGUUUUUGGGGGUUGCGAGUUUGGUUGAGAGAUAAAAUAUAGCUUAUAGCUGCAUUCUGUGAGUUUUCCUCCACCCCCACCAGAUAUGACAUUUGGGAGGUAUGGUUGUUUUAGUGUUUUCUGUCGAUAGGAUCAGGCCCACCAGUCUGCACCAGGCCCAGUCGGCCAAAAUCCCGCCUUGGUUAUUUUGGCCUGAAAUUUUAAAUUCCCUUUAAAUUCCCUUGGGAUUCUUGGCAAUUCACACGUUGGCGAAUAACCUGUGCGCGUUUGGGGUUCGCACUUCCAUUGGUAGAUAUUUUGAUAACCUCGCAUCUUAUAUUCGAUGACACAUAUUGGUUUGGUGUUUGAUGUUUCAUGUUGAUAUCAUCCCUAAUAGUCAAUUCAUGGUUAGCUUGGUGUGGUAACAAUGUGGCUUGCUUGUGGGUCUAGCCACGGGACUGAUUACUAAUUAAAUUAACCCAGACUCUCAGAAUUGUGACUCUAAAGAUAACACACUUGAGACCCAAGCAGUUUCCUCAAUCUAUAUUAGGUGUACAAUUCCCCUGUGUAUUCUAAGCAGCGUCUCUGCAACCUGAUUGAAUGGUCAUUAUUCUUUUUAAUGGUUUGGAAGGUCUGAUUUUUGAGCUUGAUAUAUAUUGAUGAAUUAUGGCAGUGUCUUGCUGAGGUCAGUGUCCUCUAUAUUUCAUAGUUCGUUCUUUGGAACCUCUUAGACAGUAAUUUCUUUCCUUUGUGUAUUGUUAGAUGUAUACUGGGUAGACUAUUCAUUAAACAAGGUGUUUCUUGUUUUAUUGUGUGAUCUGUCAUACAUUUUUAGUUUAGUGAGAGUUUAUUGGUUAAUGCACCAGUUUCCAACUGGAGGUUUGCAGGUACUAAGCCCGUAGUGUAAGCACAGCCUCUCAUGUUACUUGCAAAAUGACUGACAUGGAGUUAGUUAUAAAAUAUAUAUGUCAGUGCCCGCUAUAGAUGGGCCAAUUAAACUGUUGUCAUUCAGUACUGGUACACCUCCGGAUCUAUCCUAAACCUACUGCGGUGUUAUAAUGGGAACACAUACUGUACAUUGCCAAAGGUGUAUGCCGCCUUCUGGAGGCUUCAACUGUGAUUCUCUUCCAUUCAGCCAAAAGAGAAUUAGUAAGGUCAUGCAGUGCUUUUUGAACAAUUCAAUUUGGAUCACUGUUGGCUCUUACUUGUCCAGAGGUGUUUGAUUUCUCGGGGGUCUUGAGGAUUCUGCCAUCAGACCUAUGUAACAAUUACUGCAUGAACCUCACUUUACGCAAGGGAUCUUCUCAAAUUGCUCCCACAAAGAUGGAAGCACAGAGUUCCCUAAAUUGGCAUUUCAUGCUGUACUUGAAAGCAGGUCUUUAAAGGCUACAUACUGUAGAUAUUCUCUGAUAAAAGCCUAGGUUACUGAUGUACUCUCUAACACCCUCGAGAGUACAGUAUAGGGGUCUAUGUAAGAUCCGUGAGAUACACCAAACAUAUUCUUGGUAACUGCGCAAGAACAUGGCCCACACCUGUUGUCUGUGGCAGUUUAUGGGAAAUGGCAGAAGCUGUGGUGGUUGAAACAACGCUCCUUGCCACAACUCGGCAAAAAUCUACCCUUUUAUGAAAUCGGUCAUUCCCUACAUUCACGUUGGAGUUUCACUGAUUCCAAUGAGUUUCUUGUGAAGAUUCUAACAUUAUGAAUUCUCCAAUGUUAUGGUGCCAGUGUAUGGCCAUAAAGUGUAUGUAGGUUGUAUUGUCACUGUCCGAUGCUCAUUCUUCUGUUAGACGUCUCCACAGGUUUUCUGCUGUGUGAGUUGUCAAGAAAUAAUGUGAAAUCUAAGUGGAUUUAAAAUUUUAGGCAGAAUUAGCCAAAUCGAAAGCAGGAUUUUAUUUUUUUAUUCUUUAUUUUUUUCGGAUUGGCUAUUUUGGCUUUACAUUUUAAAUUCACUUCACAGGGUUGGCAACUAAUAUUUAUUUACUAAGCUCCAAAUUGUAGCAGAUAAAAACCCAAAUGGCAAAAAUUCUGCAAAACUGGCUGAUCUUGCCUUUGCCACAUUUGCCUCAUUUAUGCCAAUCACCUAUUUCUCUACAAUACUAGAGUUUACUGAAUCAACUCCCAAACCCCGAAUUGUGAAUAGUGAUGUUAAUGGCCACCACGCUUUGCCUAUAGACGAGUCGGAGAAUUCCUCCAAAUCAGCCAUUUUUAACUUAAAUUUUGCAGUUUUGUUUUCUAUUUGCUGUAAUUCAGAGUUUAGUAAAUACCUCUCGCAGGUUUUAUUUUAAGAUUGAUUUACAAAUAUAUGAAGCAUUUGAAGCCAAUUUACAUUUACUAUGAGGCUCCCCAACUCUCUCUCUAGGUUCAGUUAGACCUGAACUAAAGUAGGCUCCAUUAUAAUCUGAUGUCAGCGGCACAUAUUGUGUUCAUAAAAAUGUGUGUGUGUGUGUGUGUAUAUAUAUAUAUAUAUAUAUAUAUAUAUAUAUAUAUAUAUAUAUAUAUAUAUAUAUAUAUAUAUAUAUAUAUAAUUUUAUUUUUUUUCUUUGCAACAUUAUGAUUUUAUAGUCUCAUCUCAUUGUCUUUGCAUUGAAUUUGCCUUUUUGUCGUGGGGACCAUGAGAGUUGGGCCUCACAUCCUGCUAGAUUCAUACAAGGCGUCUUUUGUAAAGGACUAUAUAUCACUGUAGGGAUAUUUCUUGCUCUCUACUAUUCCAGGCAAAGCUGUAAGAUAAGAUUUAUAUUGGUUUUCUUAGCCGGUGAAUGUAAUUUGACAUUAACAUGUGACUUUUUUAUAUUGGUGUGAUUAAAUGUAGGUACCAUGUUGGUCAUAAGGGAGUUCCCUAGCUCUUGUGGAACCAAUUCUCUUGAGCUUUGUUUCCUGAUGGUUGUUCUGCAUAACAAGAACAAAACUGAGGUUUGCCAUGAUUUUGCCACAUCCAACAUGGCCGCCACUCCCCGCUAUUCAAGGAAGUUGGAAACCGCAGAGAUUGCUAGAACCGCGAACUUAUUCCUGCCUGCCGUCAGCUAACUCAGACUCCCUCUGUUGCGAGCAUUUAUACAGGACGACCGGCUAUGUGUAGGAAUUAUUGAAUUCUUUCAUGCUCCUCUAUUUUUUUAAAUUCAUAUUGUGCUCAAUCUGGCUUCACAAUGAGGGAAGGUAUAUAUUUUAUUGUGCUGCCCUUUAGAUUAAUGCUCAAUGUGGCGUGUGAGGAUAGUUUUUAUUUUUAACGUCGGACCGUGCUGGCUAAAAGUGUACUGUGAAAAUAUUAGCAUUUUACUUUUUUGCCCGAAGUUACUUUUUUUUUUUUUUUUGUGUAUGUAAAACUUCAUUAAAAAUCAUAUUAGCAUUUUCUAAUCCAGAAUUAUUCUGUUUCGAUGUAUUACAAUUUGACCACUAUCUGUAAAAAUCUGUGUAUGUAUCCAAAAAAUAAUACUGCCACAAAAAACCCCAACACAUUACACUCUGCUCAUUGAAAGGUUUGUUCCAUGGUGCAAAUAAAUGUUUUUUGGGGUUCCACACUGUUUGUACACUGUCAAAUGGAUCCAUGGGAAAAAUUAAUUGGGAACCCCUGCUCUUGAUCUUGGCAAGGCUUCAUGGGAGCUAGGGGUGCUGUACCUUUUAUCCAUCUAUUAUAUACACAAUGUUGCAGUUUCAUUUUAUUGGGAUAGUACCGCCUUGAAAUUUUAUUUUGUAAAGUAGAGAAGUUCGUAGUUCCCUUUUUUAUUUUUAAUAUUUAAUAACGUGGUAUUGGGGGUGUUCAUUGUACUAAUUGUGAUCACAAGCCUAUUAACCCGUUCUGUAACUUGGGCUACAUCUGCGUUCUCGGGACAUUUUCAGUAUAAAUGUGUUGGGAGCAAGCGAUCUGAAUUUAUUAGGGAACCAGUGGGUGUUGGAUGUUUAGAGCCCGAAACAGCAGCUGCAGCUGUAAUAACAUUUUAGAAUGUCCUGAGCAAUGUUUAUACCAACCGCAGACUCUGGCAGAGGAAGGUAAUUCGGAGCCAUCUCAGGGGUUGGACUCUGUUUUGUGGCUGCUUAGUGAGAUAGUAUUCUUACUCUGAAGUUCAUGGUGAAAAGCAGCCUUUCACUUGUACUGAACAUUGUUCACUUUUUGUUUACGUGUGAUUGGCAGAGGCAUGUUGGGUAGGUUUCUGCCAACAUGUGUGCUAAUCAGUUUUGGCACUUGCCCAAGUUAGACAGGCCACUCGUACUAUGUCCUUGGUAUGUUUUAACAGGACUCUGUGUCUUAGAAUAUAUAGCGAAUUGACCCGAGAUGUUGAAGAAAAAGUACUGUAAUUAUCUUAAGAAUGUUUGAGAAACGUUCAGACCCGUGUGGGUUAAAGAUGGCUGCUCUCUGUGUUUUGAGGCCUGGAGCUGAGCAGGAACUGACCCUGGGACCUGCUGAGAUGUUCAUCUGACUACAAAUAAACAAGCUGUGAUUUCACAGCAUUCCGCAAAAAUCCUCCUCGGGGUUAACUCCUUCACUGCUGGGAGCACUCCCAACGAGGUUACAGACUAUACACAACUAAAACCACUAUAUUCUCAUUCAGCUUUUGUUCUGAGUGCUGAUCCCUCCCAUAGCGGGGAUCGCAGACCUUUUAAUUUGUGGGGGUAACAGAGCCGCUCCUUUUCAGAGUUUAACACAAUCCCUCUCUCUCUCUCAUUCUUGCACCAUCUGGCGUGGUUUUGUUUUUUUUGCAGCUUUUCUAAACAUGAAUUCCGAGGUAGCGGUGAAGGGCCCAAGCCUGCUGUGAGUACAGUAUACACGCCCGUCCUGUCACCCAAAUCCUUCAUGUGUGGAGGGAAAGUGUUUAAAUUCCUUUUGAGUCUUGUCGUUGUCCUCCAGGCACUUUGUGAAACUUGAAGCUUUUGCAAAGCCAGGACCCAUUUUCGGGAGGUGGCGAGCUUGUCCAUCAAUGAUGUGGAGCGGUGUCGUAUGUAUUUUGUCAGAUCUUACACAAUUGUGCAAGUUCUUAAUCCUCUCCAGGAUAAAGUGGUUAUUGUCCUUUUAAAAUGGGCCAUUAUUGUUCUAGCUGUUAUAAAAGCAAAGUUUAUUCUUUUUUAGUGAUUUUUAGACCUGUAGAACUGUGCUCACUUAGUAGUGGAUUUUAUAUCUAUAUAGUUUUAAAAAGAAUUGGGGUUGUAAUUAUCCUGCACAGUAAAGGAUGCCUGCAGGCUUUUUGCCAGAUAUGGAUUUCAGUGCCUGAAAGGGUACCCAGAGAUUCUUUUUUCCCCCCAAAAAAAUUGUACAGAAAUGGCAAGUUUAAGGACUAGGUAACCCAAGGUCUGUAUGUUUGUGCAGACAUGUAUAAAUAAAUUAUCGUAAAAUCUCUAAAUAAAAUAAAUAAAAUAAAAAAUGUAUUCUGCUUACUACCAAUGCGUGGAGCAAAUAUUGUGUGUAGUUCCUAAAACCGUUUGUUUGCAUGUACAAACAAGUUCCCUAAAGGGACAAGUUCCAGUGCCCCCCUCCACCUGUGUUCAAGACCUGCUUUGUUUGUGGUCAGUUGGACAGAUGUAGCCGGGAUUAUGCACUAAAGUGUGACUCCGUUGUCCUCUUUAAAUUGCUGUAAUGGGUUGAUGGGUCCAUUCCAUUAGGAAUUUCCCUUGGACUGAUAUUGAGGUGCUGUUUAUUUUGUGGUCCGUUGCUUGUAAUGAUUAUGAGGUGCUGUAAAGUUUGUGGUCCGUUGCUUGGGAAGAGUUUGGGGUGCACCUCCCUGUGCACGGUGCAUUUGGUUGGAAUCAACAAAUUUCUACAAAUUCAAAAAAAUGACAAAUUAAGGCGAGGAGGUAUCUGGGCAUCGAAUUUCUUUGACAUACAGAUUUUGGUUGAAAAUAUAUUCCAUACUUUUUCAUCUGUAUGAAACUGCAUAUCUAACUUUGUACACAUAUGGUUUUUUUUUCUCCCUUUGCAUAUUCCUAAAUGGUCCGGCAGGGAACUUUUAAUUUGCACUUCAUAAGAAAAUGGCUUCUACAAGACACGGGAAGCAAAACAAUAUCAGAUACCUUGUGGGGACUAAUUGAAGUUUAUGUAUGCAUUUAUAAAUGUUGUUAAUGCAUUUUAUGUGAUGUAUAAUAGGAAGCAUUUGUUAGGAUUUGUGUAAUCUGUACAUUUUCGUGGCUGGAGCUUGAGGUUUGUACUUACGUGGCCCUACGGAGAGCAUAUUGUAAUGUAGUGCAGUAUACGUGGCUGUGCAAAAUGUAUUCUAUGUGGGAACAUAUAGGGGACUAUGAGGACUACAUUCUGUGCGGGAGAUUGCUUGCGAAAUGUGUCUCUGGCGUGUGUGUGUGUGGGUGUGUGGGGGGGGGUGUACCUCUGAUAUACAAGACUCUAAUCCCUAAUUUUAUCCUGGGGUAUACAUGUCUCUAAAGAAUAUACUACGAGGUACUGCUGGGAUAUACAUGGAUGUGUAGAAUAUGUUGUGUAACGUAGGGCUGGGAUAUACGUGAAUGUGUAGAAUAUAUUGUGUAACGUAGGGCUGGGAUAUACGUGAAUGUGUAGAAUAUAUUGUGUAACGUAGGGCUGGGAUAUACGUGGAUGUGUAGAAUAUAUUAUGUAACGUAGGACUGGGAUAUACGUGGAUGUGUAGAAUAUAUUGUGUAACGUAGGGCUGGGAUAUAUGUGGAUGUGUAGAAUAUAUUGUGUAACGUGGGGGCUGGGAUAUACGUGGAUGUGUAGAAUAUAUUGUGUAACCUGGGGGCUGGGAUAUACGUGGAUGUGUAGAAUAUAUUGUGUAACCUGGGGGCUGGGAUAUACGUGGAUGUGUAGAAUAUAUUGUGUAACGUGGGGGCUGGGAUAUACGUGGAUGUGUAGAAUAUAUUGUGUAACGUGGGGGCUGGGAUAUACGUGGAUGUGUAGAAUAUAUUGUGUAACGUAGGGCUGGGAUAUACGUGGAUGUGUAGAAUAUAUUGUGUAACGUAGGGCUGGGAUAUACGUGGAUGUGUAGAAUAUAUUAUGUAACGUAGGGCUGGAAUAUACGUGGGUGUGUAGAAUAUAUUGUGUAGCGUGGGGGCUGGGAUAUACGUGGAUGUGUAGAAUAUAUUGUGUAACGUAGGGCUGGGAUAUACGUGGAUGUGUAGAAUAUAUUGUGUAACGUAGGGCUGGGAUAUACGUGGGUGUGUAGAAUAUAUUGUGUAACGUGGGGGCUGGGAUAUACGUGGAUGUGUAGAAUAUAUUGUGUAACGGGGGGCUGGGAUAUACGUGGAUGUGUAGAAUAUAUUGUGUAACGUAGGGCUGGGAUAUACGUGGAUGUGUAGGUAUAGGAAUAUACGUGGGUGUGUAGAAUAUAUUGUGUAGCGUGGGGGCUGGGAUAUACGUGGAUGUGUAGAAUAUAUUGUGUAACGUAGGGCUGGGAUAUACGUGGAUGUGUAGAAUAUAUUGUGUAACGUAGGGCUGGGAUAUACGUGGGUGUGUAGAAUAUAUUGUGUAACGUGGGGGCUGGGAUAUACGUGGAUGUGUAGAAUAUAUUGUGUAACGGGGGGGCUGGGAUAUACGUGGAUGUGUAGAAUAUAUUGUGUAACGUAGGGCUGGGAUAUACGUGGAUGUGUAGAAUAUAUUGUGUAACGUAGGGCUGGGAUAUACGUGGAUGUGUAGAAUAUAUUAUGUAACGUAGGGCUGGAAUAUACGUGGGUGUGUAGAAUAUAUUGUGUAGCGUGGGGGCUGGGAUAUACGUGGAUGUGUAGAAUAUAUUGUGUAACGUAGGGCUGGGAUAUACGUGGAUGUGUAGAAUAUAUUGUGUAACGUGGGGGCUGGGAUAUACGUGGGUGUGUAGAUUAUAUUGUGUAACGUAGGGCUGGGAUAUACGUGGAUGUGUAGAAUAUAUUGUGUAACGUGGGGGCUGGGAUAUACGUGGAUGUGUAGAAUAUAUUGUGUAACGUGGGGGCUGGGAUAUACGUGGAUGUGUAGAUUAUAUUCUGUAAAAGUGCUGGAUUAUACGUGUCUCUGUGGAGUACUUUCUGUGAGGUGUGUAUAUAUACAUGGUUCUGUGGGAUAUAUUUUGGUGUAUAUUCUGUGAGGUAGUGCUGGUAUAUACGUGGCACUGUGGCGUACAUUCUAUCUGUUCAGCCAUUGGGUCACAGGUUCGAAUCCCGGCAGGGUUGACUCGGCCCUUCUUCCUUCUGAGGUAGAUAAAAUGAGUACCAUUAAAUUGGGUAAUCGUAACAACCCCAUGGAUGUUGGGCUAAGGUAACAUCCCCAGGACGCACUUGAAAACCAGAGUAAUCUGAAUGUGCCUUUCCUGGUUAAAUACUUUAUUAUUAUUAUUUUUAUUAUUAUUAUUAUUAUUAUUUACGUGUCUCUGUGGAAUGCAUUCUGUGAUGUGUAAUAUGUGGCUCAGUGCAGUCUAUUCUGUGAGGUAGUGGUGGGAUAUACAUGGUUCUAUGGAGUAUAUUCUGUGCAGUAUAUACGUGGCUCCGUACAGUGUUUUCUGUGAGGUAGUGCUGGGAUAUACAUGUCUUAGAUGAAUCCUUAGCAUGUUCGUACAGGAAACGACAAGCUGUGCAGCUUAUCAGACAUGUUGGAUCUGUAUUGUAGAUGAUAUUCUUGUAAUCUGUAUACAGCAUAAAGACUUAAACAAACGGCGACUCUGCUUCCUAACUAACCAUGAUACCCUGCCGUGGCAUAUGUUGGCGCUUUAUAAAUAAUACAUUUUUACUAAUGAUGGUGACCCUUUAACCAGUAAGCUGGGGGUUUCUUUUCCGAAUGUUGACUCUGUAAUCAGCAUGUGACCCUCUAAUCCAUAUGGUAACUUUUUUUCAUUCUUGCAGGAUGGCCGAACCGCGCUUUAACAAUCCGUAUUUUUGGCCUCCACCUCCCACCAUGCCCUCCCAGGUAAGGUUAGACUCCACUGUACCUUGUUCAAUGACUUCCUGCGCUGCCUGCCCGCGCCCCUGACUCCGAGACGCGUCUCCCCUGUUGGUAAUAUACUGUCAGGGCUCUGUAUGUGGGCGAACGCAGUGUGUUUUAACGUGAAUAUGGUAGGAUAGAACCCGUAUGUAGCUCUAAUGUAGGCCUUUUAAUGAUAAGUUGUAAACAUGGGAGUGAAUAAAAAUGAUGUGAUAUAAUAGCUGCUCUUGUGGCUUUCUCUACUAUGUAUAAAUCUGUUAUUGGUAGUGUCGGUGGUCUCCCAUGCUGUAUCGUAACACGUGUCUGUGGCCCAGGUAUACAGUUAUUAGAUGUAUGUCUUAACACAGAUCAUAUUCUAGUAACAAGGCUUUAGAAAUUCUAAACAGAGCCGGUAACAAUAUAUGUUGGAGAGCACCAGCCGCCAUAACGCUUGCUCUUUGAACGGGAAUUUCUUAAAAUUUGUAGUCUUUUUAUUUAUUUAUUUAUUUAUUUAUUUUUAAAACACGAUCAGAAAGAGGAAAUGGCCCCCUUCUGGCAACAAUUUGUAGUUCAUCAAAAUAGCUCAGCGUUUUCUGUGUUUCAUUCCAAGAAAGCUAAUUUUCUUAUUCACUAAAAUGAUCCAUUUGAAACAAGUCUGGUGAGUUCUGAACCUAAAACCCAUUAAAAUAAAUAAAUGGCUUUAACUUUUGAGCAACUUAAGUGAUUGUUAUUUUUUUUUAAAUGUAUUUUUAAAUUAUUUUUUUUUUUUUUAAGGGCAGUAAGUGUUCUAAUUCUAACUCCCACAGAUGAAUAGAAUUAUAAUCUUUAAAAUAAAAGGAGGGAUUUUAGACCUUUUUCAUUCAUGUUACAGCCAUCUAGUUUUGAGUUCGUCAUAGACUGAAAAAUAUCAGAUGAAUAAAUAUGCAUUAAAUUCUACAUGAUGUAAGGUCGACGCUCUGAGUGAUCCAGUGAAAGGUUGUACAUUCUGCAGGAGGUAGCGCGUGUUAAUAGGGUAUACUUUAAAAGUCCUCCUCUUCUCUAGAUGUGGAGGGCAAAGUGAGAGCAGAUGAGAUUACCUGUAGCCAUGUGCCACUGUAUACCAAAAUCCACGCUUAUUUAUUUAUAAAGCACCAACAUGUUGUAGCGCUCUGCGUCUGGGGGAUGUUAUUACAUGUAUAUCUGCAAGAUUACAGAUUUUGGGGGGAGUUCUGUGAAGAUGAGUCUAGUUUUUACUAACGAAUCUCUGUAUUUCUUUACGUAUUAAGGGAUGUGUAUAGUAGGGGAAAUGGGGGUGGUGGACACAUCUCAAAGUGUUUUGGUCUUAUGGUAGUCUGGAGCUGACAAAUACUUCAUAUUUUGCGGUUUUCCGUGUUGUACAUAUUCUUCAUUUGAUUUAAAGAAUCUUGGGACUUUAAAAAUCCAUUUUUUUUAAACGUAUGUAUGGCAGUCAUGGAUGUUCUAAUCUGACUUUUUGAAUAGGACGUGUGUGAAAUGGUGUAUAUUUGUGUGUCUAAGAUAAGGUAUGUCGAAUGUUUUCUAUAUUUUUUAAUCUAGUCAGCAGCGUAUAGGAUGAAAGCUGUACAUGUUUAAGGCUGAGGUGGAUUCGUAAAUAUGAAUUAGGAGAAAAGGGCUAAAUCUUGGCUAAUGGUUCAGAAUCAGGCGGUCGGGUGAUGCUUAAAGUUCCUAGAGAUAAUGGUUAACCUGUAUCAGGAAUGGAUUACACAUGGUUUCUUAUACUUUGUAUAUAAUGUGGAUCUUUUAUAGUUAGUAUAACUCGGUUUAUACCUCUAAUCAUUCCUAAAGUCCCACUGUUAAAACCCCCCCUCCGAGAAACCCUCUUGUCUGUCCUAUAUUUAUAUAGCGCGUUCUACGUGGCGCACCCUCUUGUCUGUCCUAUAUUUAUAUAGCGCGUUUUACGUGGCGCACCCUCUUGUCUUUGCCCUAUAUUUAUAUAGCGCGUUUUACGUGGCGCACCCUCUUGUCUGUCCUAUAUUUAUAUAGCGAGUUUUACGUGGCGCACUCUCUGUCCUAUAUUUAUACAGCGUGUUUUACGUGGCGCAGCCUCUUGUCUGUCCUAUAUUUAUAUAGCGAGUUUUAUGUGGCGCACUCUCUUGUCUGUCCUAUAUUUGUAUAGCGCGUUUUACGUGGCGCACUCUUGUCUGUCCUAUAUUUGUAUAGCGCGUUUUACGUGGCACACCCUCUUGUCUUUGUCCUAUAUUUAUAUAGCGCGUUUUACGUGGCGCACCCUCUUGUCUUUGUCCUAUAUUUAUAUAGCGCGUUUUACAUGGGACACGGUUGUUGCAGGAAAGUGGUGGGAUAAUUCUAGCACAUUCACUUCCUGGUUGACUGCGUGUAAUAUCUACCUUGUUCAUAACUGGUGAAUAUAAAUAAAUAAGGGAGAUGUUACGUUUUCAGUACACAUAUUAUUUUAUUAGCAAACCUUUGGGUAACCCUCCAUAAAGCUGUAUUCUGAGUCUGGAUUCUCUGUGAUGUCCAGUUUUCCAUAGAAGUUUGUGCUGUCUGUUCUGUUUUUUGGGAUAUGUUUUAAAUGCCACAUCCUCAAAAACUAACACCUUUUUUUUCCUGUGACACUCCUUUUUUUUUUUUUUUUUUUUUUGUGAAUUCAGGGCUGUAAACCAACUAGUUAACGAUCUUGCUGUCAGGUUACCAACAAUGGAGGGGGACUAACACGCAUUUAAAAGGACACUAUAGUCACCAAACAACUUAAGCUUAACAAAGCAGUUUGGGUGUAUAAAUCAUGCCCCUGCAGUUUCACUACUCAAUUCUCUGCUAUUUAGGAGUAAAAAGGACACUAGAGUCGCCAGAAUCACUACAGCUUAAUAUAGUGGUUCUGAUGUCUAUAGCCUGUCCCUACAGUGUUUUCAUUGCUGCAUAAUAACACCUUUAACGGCAGUCACUCAGGUGGCCACUAGCGGUGCUUCCUUGUACAGUGCUGUUCAACGUUUCCAUGCUAAGCAGAGAAGCGUUGAACGUUCCUCGUAGAGAGAGAUACAGAUUGGUGUAUCAUUUUACACACACAUGCUCAAUAGCCUCCCAAUGCACUGGAUUGGCUGAGAUUAUCAGGAUCGAUGAUCUCAGACGUAGAGGGCGGGGUCAGCCACAGAGUGACAAGCAGGGAGUGGAAGAAAAGGUGAAUAGAAUUCAGAGAAUGGGACUGGGAGAGAAUGAUUUAAUCCAGCACUGUAGUGUUCAUAAUAAAUGUUUGUAUUCCUGACCCUAUAGUGUUCCUUUAAAUCACUUUGUUUAUGCAGCCCUAGUCACACCUCCCUGCACAUAACUUACACAGCCUUCCUAAACACUUCCUGUAAAGCGAGAUCUAAUCUUUAAACUUCCUUUUAUUGCACAUUCUGUUUGAUUUAGAAUCUAUCUCCUGCUCCGUUAAUAGCCCGCUAGACCUUGCAGGAGCCUUUUAGAGGGUGUGUGAUUAAAGGGACACUAUAGUCACCAGAACAACUACAGCAUAAUGUUUUGAGUGUUAGCUGGGCAAGCCUUAGAUUAGUGGAGUAUAGUAUGUCACUGCAGGCGUUUUGCUGUAAACACUGCCUUUUCAAAGCAAAGGCAUUGUUAACACUACUCUCUAGGGACACCUAGAGUAGCAGUCACUCAGAUGAACAGUAGAGGUGCUUCCUGGGGGAAGUGCUGCACAAUGUUCAGUGUCUCCAUGCUCUGUAUAGAGACUGUAAACUUUCCCUGGAGAGAUGCAUCUCUAUGAGGAGAUACUGAUUGGUGCAGUGUCGCGUUUGGCUCUGCCAUUGACCCUGUCAGUUCUGAUGAUUUCAGCCAAGGAGACAAUCUAGCCAAUCCAACGCUUUCCUAUGGAUUAGACCAGCGCAGCGCUGGAAUAAAGGUGAGUUGUUAUUCUAUAAGGGGAGGCUGGUCAUCUAAACUAUGUUUUUAGCACUACAGAAUCCGGAAUGCAAGUUUUGUUCAUGAACCCAUAGCCUUCCUUUAAAGUUCAAUUUACAGAGCAGAAGAUAAAAACUUCUAACAAAAAUUAACAUCUGUUUGAAAAUGAAACCAUUUUGUUUUCAUGCAGGCUGCGUCAGUCACAGCCAGGGAAGGUGUGGUUAGGGCUGCAUGGACAGAAACAAAAGGGAUUUCAUUCCUAAAUGGGAGAGCCUUGAACAGUGAGACUGCUUCAUUUAAGCUAAAUUUGUUUGGUGACCAUAGUGUCCCUUCAAAGGUGAAUCACAUCAACAUCCGUAUAAGUAUUCCUGCUCUGGUUUAGGGAAGGGAUGGAGGUGGGGGGAGAUACUGAAUCUUCCCUUCUUUUCUCCAUGCCUCCUGCAUCGUGAACACAGCUCCAUUAUUUAUUUUACUCUUUCUUCUUCUCUAGACAAAUAAUCGCAAAUAAAAUUCAGGUUGAACAUAACGGCAUAUACGUUUAUUGAUACAUGUCAUUGUAUUCUUCCCUGGAUGGAAGCCACUGUUUUUCACCUGCUGCCUAGAGCGACUGUCAUGUCUUUAGGUGGAUCCUCUUAUUAUUAAGAGGUCAUUAAAACAAACGCUCGGAGAAGACACUGCCUGACCCACCCUACUGACAUUGGAUGCAGGCGUAUGUUAAAGGGACAUACUGAACACCAAAACCACUGCAGCUUAUUGUAGGGAUUAUGGUCAUUGAGGAGUCGUUAUGGAAAUCACCAGAAGACAUUCCUAUUAUAAUGUCUGCAGAAAUGGAGGUAGUAUCAAAUUUAAACGGAGAAAAAAAAAAAUCAUGGCACAAUACGUUUAUUGAAAAACACACACAAAAAUCUCUUGCACAUAUCCCAAAAUGGGCAGAAAACACGUUUCCUGGACAUUGCAGUAUUAUCAGAUGAAAGGACCAGCACUCUACUACUUUGGUAUCUGAAAAUGAUUUACAGAUUGCUCAUCUAACCACCUGAGGUCGCCUGGCUGGAACCCCGAUUUUGGGAACGGUGGAUAAGCAGGUUUCUACUACAUCCAGGCUCCAGAAGGCUUCUCAGAAGGCUUCUCAGGACUGUGUUGUGUGAACUUAGGGUCUGUCAACGCUAAGUGUUCUUUGCACAUUUUGGGAAACGUGCCGUAGCUUUUGUGAGUGAGUUUGUUUUAAAGGGUCUAUGUGUGUUUUUAUUUUUAUUUUUUUUAAUAAAUAUAUUGUGCUAUGACUUCUUUUUUUUUUGUAUUGAAUGCUCCCUCCAUUUCUGCAUAUUGUAAUAGGUAUGGUAUUAAAUUUCUUUUAUGGGUGAUUUUCUAUUUUUGGAGGAUCUAUCCGGGAGUAAUUCGUAGAGUGGCAGCAUUUCACCAAUUCCUUAGUGUGUCGUCCACCCUUCCAUUUAAAGACGCCAUUGGUCUCUCAUUUUCAUUUUGUCAAAGUUAAAAGAAAGUGAAUCCAUUAUGACACCACACUGAUAUGCCUUUAAUUAUUAUCAGAAUGUUAGAUCUCCAAGUUAGAAAAAACAUAAAUCAUUCCUUUUUGGUGAACAGAGCAGUAACUUUUUCUCAGCCCACAGACUGACUCUGCAAGGUUUCCACACAAUGAGGCUCUUCCUCAGGCUUGACAAAGACCGUCACUGGGUGGAAAUGUUGCUUGGUCAAUCUUUGGGCAGAGUAAAAGUCUCUCCUAUGGUAUUGUGUGUUUUUAUUGUUUUUCAUUGCUUGUAAAGUGUAUUUAUCUCGGAGUCUGUGAAGUUAUGCUGAGUGUUUGCUGGGAAAGUCUUCAAUUAGUGGAUUUCUGCCUGCGCUGCGGUGUAUGUUGGGACAGUUCUAACUCCUUCCCUCUUUGUACAGUUGGAUAACUUGGUGCUGAUCAAUAAAAUCAAGGAACAACUGAUGGCGGAGAAGAUUCGACCUCCUCAUUUGCCACCCUCGUCCGUCCCUUCUCAGCAGCCGCUCCUGAUCCCUUCGUCGCCUGCGGAAAGUAGCCAGUCUGUCAUGUCCCUGCAAAAGCUCCAGCAAGUUCCAGGUCUGCAUCCCCAAGCUGUCCCACAGCCUGACGUGGCAUUGCACGCUCGGCCAGCCACCAGCACAGUCACUGGUAAUUUACACUAUGGACACAGCAAGUGGGGGAACAAAGAUACUUAUGUAGGUGGGUAAAUGGAUCAGCGGUGAGCAGGUAGAGUACAUGGCGUUUGGAAGUGAGGGCAGAGAUUGGAUCUGUGUUGGACUGAAAGAGCUUGAUGCAAGGGCCAGUGAAACCUACUAUAGCUUAGGGCUGUGUUAAUAUGUUCCUGUAUUGCUUAGUGUAGCCAUAACCAUAUGCCCAUUACCACCGUACCCCUUAAAUGAUCAGGGACAGUCGGAGUAACCAUGCAGGGAAUACCAUGAAUACUGUGCAGGGAGUCAGUACUAAUACCAUGAAUACUGUGCAGAGAGUGAGUACUAAUACAAUGAAUACUGUGCAGAGAGUGAGUACUAAUACAAUGAAUACUGUGCAGGGAGUCAGUACUAAUACAAUGAAUACUGUGCAGGGAGUCAGUACUAAUACCAUGAAUACUGUGCAGGGAGUCAGUACUAAUACCAUGAAUACUGUGCAGGGAGUCCGUACUAAUACAAUGAAUACUGUGCAGGGAGUCAGUACUAAUACCAUGAAUACUGUGCAGAGAGUCAGUACUAAUACCAUGAAUACUGUGCAGGGAGUCAGUACUAAUACCAUGAAUACUGUGCAGGGAGUCAGUACUAAUACAAUGAAUACUGUGCAGGGAGUCAGUACUAAUACAAUGAAUACUGUGCAGGGAGUCAGUACUAAUACAAUGAAUACUGUGCAGGGAGUCAGUACUAAUACCAUGAAUACUGUGCAGGGAGUCAGUACUAAUACCAUGAAUACUGUGCAGGGAGUCAGUACGGAUACCAGGGACGUUAAUGCAUAGAUCAUAGUGAGUUCUAAUACCAGGGAUAAAGUUGGAAGGCCAUAGCAAGGGGAUGCAAGGUGUACUCAUGUUUUGGAAGUGGGGAACACAGGGAUUUCAUAUACCUUGGAAAGAAGUUGUAAAUUUAUAGAUGCCGUGGCACAAUAGUGGGGUGGGGUUGCAAGGAGUAGAGAUGACGUGACAAGGGGUUGCAAGGAGUAGAGAUGACGUGGGGCGGGGUUGCAAGGAGUAGAGAUGAUGUGGGGCGGGGUUGCAAGGAGUAGAGAUGACGUGGGGCGGGGUUGCAAGGAGUAGAGAUGAUGUGGGGCGGGGUUGCAAGGAGUAGAGGUGACGUGGGGCGGGGUUGCAAGGAGUAGAGGUGAUGUGGGGUGGAGUUGCAAGGAGUAGAGGUGGCAUGGGGCGGGGUUGCAAGGAGUAGAGGUGGCGUGGCGUGGGGGCUGCAAGGUGUAGAGAUGGCGUGGCGUGGGGGCUGCAAGGUGUAGAGAUGGCGUGGCGUGGGGGCUGCAAGGUGUAGAGAUGGCGUGGGGGGGGGGCUGCAAGGUGUAGAGAUGAUGUUGGUGGGGGCUGCAAGGUGUACAUGGGGUGUGGGGCUGUAAGGUGUAGAGAUGGCGGGGUGGGCUGCAAGGUGUAGAGAUGGCUGGCUGCAAUGCAAGGUGUAGAGAUGGCGGCGUAAUGUAAAGGGGUGAUGAUGCUAUGGGGGGCUGCAAGGUGUAGAGAUGGCGGGGUGGGGGGGUGUAGAGAUGAUGCGGGGUGGGGGGCUGCAAGGUGCAGAGAUGGCGGGGUGGGGCUGCAAGGUGUAGAGAUGGCUGGGUGGGGGCUGCAAGGUGUAGAGGAUGGCUGGGUGGGGCUGCAGUGCAGAGAUGGCGGGGUGGGGGCAAGGUGUAGAUGGUGGGGUGGGGGGGUGUAGAGAUGGCGGGGGUGGGGGGCUGCAAGGUGCAGGGAGAUUUUAUGGGGUGGGGGGCUGAAGGUGUAGAGGGGUGGCGGGGUGGGGGUCAAGGUAGAGGGUGGGGUGGGUGGGGUCGUAAGGUGUAGAGGGCGGAUGGGUUGCAAGGGGUGUAGUGGGGGCUGAAGGUGUAGUGGUGGCGUGGGGGUGGGGGCUGCAAGGUGUAGAGAUGAUGGGUGGGGCAAGGUGUAGAGAUUUAUGCGGGGUGGCCAAGGUGUAGAGAUGAUGCAAUGUAAGGCAGAGAUUUAUGGGGGCUGUAAGGUGUAGAGGUGGCGUAAUGGUAAGGUGAAUGGGCUAUGUAUAUGCUGCAAGGGUGUAGUGGGGGGUUGCAAGGUGUGUAGGAGAUGGCUAUGUGGGGUUGCAAGGUGUAGAGAUGGCGGGGCUGUAAAGGAGAUGGCGUAAUGUAAGGUAGAUGAUGGGGUAAAUGUAAGGUGUAGAGAUGGCGUGGGGUGGGGCUGCAAGGUGUAGAGGUGGCGGGGUGGGGGGCUGCAAGGUGUAGAGGUGGCGUGGGGUGGGGGCUGCAAGGUGUAGAGGUGGCGUGGCGGCUGCAAGGUGUAGUGGGGGCUGGAAGGUGUAGUGGUGGCGUGGGGGCUGGAAGGUGUAGUGGUGGCGUGGCGUGGGGGCUGCAAGGUGUAGGGAGUGGCUUGGUCAGUAAUCCUGUGUAGGGGCAUUCUGAAGAAAUAAAUAUUAAUCCGUUCUAUCCCAGCUCAUCCUUGACAAGUAGACCUGUGAAUGUGCAUGGGUGCAGGCUGCUGCAUUCUGUGUGGGUCUGGGAGCAGUGAGGAUGACGUGUUGUCCGUAGUCUGAUUUUUCGCUGAUUUCUUUCAUUUAUUUAUUUAUUUUGACAUGCUAACGUGCUCCUUCUCUUUUGUUUCCCUUUCGAUGCUUAGCCGGCUUCUCUUCUUACUUUUCAGGGCUGGGUCUGUCCUCCCGCACUAAUGUAAGCACCUCAGAAUCUAGCACCGGUACCACUAGUGCUACUCCCUCUACUCCCACCUCCAACAGCCAGACCCGGCUCAUUGCCACCUCACCCACCCUCAUCUCAGGGAUCACAAGCUCCCCCACGCUGGACUCCAUAAAGACCAUUCAGGGCCAUGGUCUGCUGGGUCCUACAAAGCCUGAAAGGGGGCGCAAGAAGAUUAAGGCAGAGAACCCACCUGGACCUCCGGUGCUGGUUGUCCCGUACCCCAUACUGGCCUCAGGAGAUAUUGGCAAAGAAGGAAAAACCUACAGGUGUGAAGAAAAAUCUUUACUUUUAGAAUAACCUCUGAGAAUGCACAAUGUGAAGUUCAGGUUCGUUCACUGAAAACCAAAUUAAAAUAAGGUUAAAAUUGCCAAGCUGGAAAUGUAAGUGGAUUUGUAGAACAUUCCUUCAUCGUUUAUAUUUUUUCCUAAAUCUUUUCAUUCAGAUAAGUUUGUUACAAUUCUGUGCUCAGGGAAUUACCUUGCCUUUGUUUUAUUAAAAUUAGUUUAAAGGAAUAUCAGUAUUACGUAAUUUCCCCUUUUAAUUUGUUGAGAUUGCAAGAUGGAACUUUAGUUAACUUUGAACAUCUCGUAUGGGGGGAGCCUGUUGCAUAUAAAUUUUGAUUAUGAAUAAUCCUAGAAUAAGCAGACUAUACUGGCAUGUGCAGCUAAAGCUUGAAGUACAUUUUAGGUUUGGGAGCUUGAUGGACCAUGUUAAUAAGACUUUCAGCAUGGUGUAGGUAAAAUUAGGAUGGACUAAUAGAACAUGCUAUCAAUAAGAAAUCAGCAGGCAUGUCACUGGGUGCUCAUCAAGAACAGGUAAGUGGAGAGGAGCACGGGGCGUUCUGCUCUGGUAACAGGAGUAACUGCAACUAAGCAGAUUCACUGCUAUCGAUGACUUAUCCAACACCACAGGUAAGCCACACUUGCCAGUCCAUAUCAAUAUGGGGUUGGUUGUCGUUGCGUGUCCCAAUGUGACGUUGGGUUUCAUGCUUGCCGUUGGUGGCAGGCUCGUGGUACCAAAGUCCUGCGCUUCCCAGAGUUCAGGUCCUGAGGGCAACAUUGCUGCGUUUCCAAUGCUCGACCUUCUGUGUCUGGGUAGAGCUUGAGCGUGCAGGUGCUCCGAAGAACGUAGUCACUCGGGUGCAUGGAUAUCUGGUAGGUGGUGCUAGCUCCCAGCACAGUCGGGAGCAAAGCUCCGGUACGACAGAGUGUGUCACAGGCUCUGCAGGUGAGGUACCGGUGGGGGAUGGGCAGGCGAUGCACUCCCAGAGCGCUUGACCCAUCAUAUCAAAUCUGGCCUCAAAGUGCUUUCUCCAAGUUUGGGUACGUGAGCUCUUCUGUAGAUGCAGGUGUGGGGGCUCAGUGGCCAUCUUGGCUGCUCCAUGCGGUGGGCUUUGCAGCAGGAGGUUCUGCUGGUGCAGUGAGGUGAGUUUCCCCAGCGGGGACUGUGAUAUCCCCUGCCAGUCCAGGGGGAGGAGAGAGAGAGAGAGGGGGUGGCCGAGAGAGAGAGGGGGGGAGAUAGAGGGAGGGGGGGAGAAAGAGAGGGGGGAAGCUACGGGGCUGCAAUACUUUCGUCAUGGAAAGAUCGUUAUAGUAAGAUCGACUACCUCCCCUAGACACCAGGCUGCAGGCUUGUGGUGAAACGGUACAAGAUAGGCAUUUUGAGUUUCCUCUCGUUAUAAGGCACCUCACAGCUCGUAUGUGGCUAUUGCUGGUGCAGUUAAAAGCUGGGAAGACUCGUUUUAUGCCUGAAUGUGUUGGAACUAUGAAGAGAUAUAUAUUUUUAAUGCAGAUGAACAAUUAAUUUAGUAAGUCUGCAUUUAUUUUAUAUAUUUUCUAAAAAAAAAAAAAGGGGGGGGGGGGCUUUCCAAAGUCCUACGUACUUGAUCUUCCAAUUUGCCAUCCAUCACAAUAUUCCUGUCAAAAGAGAAGCAUUUAAUUGGACUCUAUUGGACAAGUGACCAGUCCAGCGCUGCUCAAAGAGAAGCAUUGAAUCUCAAUCAGCUCAGAGCGAGCGGGAGCAGUCAGGUAUGUGCGGGGGGAGAUCAGGCCGUCUGUGUGUAUUCUGGGUGACAUAAUUAUUUAGGUUCCCAGCCCCCUUAGAUUGCAGUAAAAAGUGUUUGAACUUGCCUUUUUCCACCUCCAUGGUUCCAAACUUGGUGAUCUCAGCCAAUCCAAUGCUUUCCCACAGAAGAGCAUUGGGAGGCAAAACACUGCUCUGCGCCAAUCAGCAUCUCCUCAUCUCCUAAAUCAUGGUAUCUCUAUGGGGAAGGUUCAGCAUCUCCAUGCAGAAUUGUCCAAGGAAGUACCUCUAGUGGCUAUCUGAGUGACUGCCACUAGAGGUGUCCCUAUGGAGCAAUGUGUUUGCAGUGUUUACAUUGAAAAGUCUGCAGGGACAUGCUGUAGACGCCAGAACCAAUACAUUAUGUAGUGGUUCUGGUGACUAUAGUGUUCCUUUAUGUACCCAUACUGCACAGGUGCAUGUUACCCAGAACCUGGAAUACUGGUAGUGUACACAUACAUUGGGAUAUUUUGUAAUUUACUAUCUUAUAAUCUAUUUUUUUUAUUUGUUCAGUUAGUCUCUCGUGCAUGUACAGAUCAACUAUCUUUUCGAUGUAAAUCCUUGUCCUUUUUGCUCAACAGGUUUUUUUUGGUAAAUCCUUUACAAAUGUUUGCAUAUUUUCAGUCUUGAAAUUUUCAGUUUUUAUUAAGAUCCCGGGCUGUAUAAAAUACAUUUUAAAUAUGUAUUUAUUUUAUCUCCUGGUAUAGAUGUAAGGUUUGCCCUUUGACCUUCUUUACAAAAUCCGAGAUGCAGAUCCAUUCAAAGUCCCACACGGAGGCCAAACCUCACAAGUGCCCACAUUGUUCGAAAUCCUUCGCCAAUGCUUCCUACCUUGCGCAGCAUUUGCGUAUACACCUCGGCGUUAAGCCCUAUCACUGCUCCUACUGUGAGAAAUCCUUCCGCCAGCUUUCACACCUCCAGCAACAUACCAGGUAAGGGUGUGAUGGUUAUAGCGGCACUCUAAUUACCUUGACCACUGAAGUUCGGUGUAGUGGUUAUAGUGCAGAAUGUCUGUGGGUGCCAUCCCAUGGUUUGUAUAAAAUAGUCUGUGAAUGGUUCGGGUUCUCUUACUGCCUAUAGCUCAGGGCCUCUGAAACUUGCCUUCUGCAUUAGACAAGCAGUAACAGCAUACAGGCUCAUCCAACUCUGGGCCGCUAGGCAAAGUCUCGAAACAAAAUUGCAUGAGGGGCAAUUUUCCCCAAUUUUUUUUUUUUUUUCCUCUUUCUUUCUUCAUGCUGUCUGUUAUAUAGUUUAUGAUGUCUUUGUGCGUUUUUUUUUUUUUUUUCUCCCUUUUGGUUUUAGUAAUCAUCAACAUGUUACACCGCAUGUUCAUUCAAUAAGUGUCCCUUUAACUAGCAUUAGUGCAUAAGAGAGGUUGGUUGUGUGUGUUGGUUUACUCCUGUGCUGUCGACUGUAACACUUUGUGUGCGCAAAAAAAUGAAAUAUCCGAAAGUCAAAGGUUCCCUUGGCAGGAGUAGCGUUUAGUCUUUUUUCUUCUGGUCAAUAAAAUGUGUUCCGUUACGUUGGUUAAUAUCUAGGUCCUGGGAAACUGGAGACAAGCUAAACCUACCUUUCCUGGUUAAAUAUUUUGAUAUUGUGAUGGUUUGUGUGUUACCGUAAAAUGUCCCAUUCUGCAUCUUACUGGUUUAUUUUGUAUUUUUCCCCAGAAUUCAUACCGGUGACCGGCCAUAUAAGUGUCCGCAGCCAGGCUGUGAAAAAGCAUUUACACAACUCUCCAAUCUGCAGGUUUGUGUAUAAAAUAUCUAUCUGAGCUGUAACAGAUGUAUAUUAAUAUUAUUUUAGGAUUAUCCUGUGUGUGAAUUGGACGUGUUGGGGGAGAUUUACAAAUCAGUGUUUCUUAACCUUUUACGGAGAAGUACCCCAGCCUUGAGAAAACGUGUAGACACUGAUAUUUUAUUUAAUCCCAUAUUGGAGGAUAAUCCUGAAGUUAUUCUGCUCCAUAGUUCUUGCUCUGAGACCGUUCUUUUUCUUGUUAAAACGUCUGCUGAUUUGCUUGUUUUAUUCUACCCAGUCUCACCAGCGGCAGCACAAUAAGGAUAAACCAUACAAAUGUCCCAACUGCUACCGAGCGUACUCGGACUCCGCCUCCCUGCAGAUACACCUCUCUGCACAUGCUGUCAAGCACGCCAAGGCUUACUGCUGCAGUAUGUGUGGCAGAGCAUACACAUCCGUGAGUAUCAUACUUUCUGGACGCAGAUAUCUUUGGGUUAAAUGAGAAUCUGUCUUAUUUUUCAGCCUGGGGCCUACCUUCCUCUUUUGCACUUUAUUUUUCAGUAUAAUGAGAGUAUUAUUAGAAUAUUUUGGAAGUGAUAAAAGCUAAGCUCACCUCUCUCUCUUUCUCACUUUCCAGGAGACCUAUUUGAUGAAGCACAUGUCCAAGCAUACGGUUGUUGAGCACCUGGUGAACCAUCAUUCUCCUCAGAGGACCGAGUCUCCAGGAAUUCCUGUUCGGAUCUCCCUCAUCUAGAGAGAGACCAUGAAUGCUGGGCACUGGAGGCUACUCUCUCCUCCAUCACCUUACCCCCCCAAAUUUCUGGAUCCAAGGAGCAGUGCCUGCCCUCUCGCUGCCAACUGGGAAUCUAAUCACUUGAUGGAGAAAAAGAUCAAGGAGUAUCAACCGAUCCCACCUUUUUCACCAGACAGACUGCUUACCUUCUGGUCAAAGGAGUCAUUUGGAUGCUCCACCAAAUGCAUCUGUUGGACAAAUUCUGGCACACCUGGGUACAGAAGUGUUUCCUUGUUUUGUUUUUAAAGACUAAGUAACAGGUGAUUUGAACACGUCUGGAUGGCCACACUUUUCCACUUCAAUUAAUGAAUUUUUACCUCUGGAUUUACUCAUUAUUCUGUUUCGAUGGGUUAUAAACAUUUUAAUUUGUGACACCGAACGAAGCUUCUGAUUGGCUACCUGCUGGCGUGAGUCAGUUUGUGACUUGCAUCUUUUUGCCAGACACAGUUUGGUGACUUACGUAGUCCCCAGCAUAUAGCACUUUGAAUCUCUCACAUUUUAUAUCUGUUUGUUUCCCUCGUUUUUUUUAUCCUCCAUUUUGUUUUUAACAUACAAGAAAACAAUAAAAAAAAAAAUCCUAUUUAUUGGCCAAGAUUUUGGUGCUGCUAAUUGGGGGAAAUUAACAAACAAGAGAAAAGAGAACUUCUAAAUGGAUUGGGGGUAACAGACUUUUCCCUCUGGCCUUCAAAUAGGUGGAAUUUUGUAGCUGGAGCCCCUCCUCCUACCCCUGAUUGAGUGCCCUCCAUGUGCUAUCAGAGCAGGUUUCUCUGCUGAUGGAAAAGAAUAAAGAAAUCAGGCUGGUUUGAGACCACAGACCACGCCAAGCACGUUUUUACUAUUGACCCGUCAUGGUGCCAGGACAUGUGUUUCUAUAACAGAUCCUGUGCGUUGUGCUCACGUUGGUGGAAGCAAAUCGGUCGCCUUUAGGAUUUUGACCAAAUUAACAGAGCAGUCUGUGCUGACGUGUUUUGCCUGUUCAGCGUCAGGGAGACUGGCGUGCUCUGUUUUAUUUUUCUAAAUUUAGGCAUAUGAUUACAAUUGUUGGUAUUGCAAUAAGGCACUUAAAUCAGUAGCACAUGUUUGUGGCCAAGGAGUUUGAGAGCUUGGUUGUAUAUAGAGAUGCUAGAGCGUAGCCCCUUCUGUCCCUUAAACUGUUUAAAACAAAUGCUUUGAUCCCGGACACUCACAUGCAAAGCAAAGGUUGGUUUUAUAAUAGCGAAGCAUAGGUCCCCCCAUGUUGGACAUCAAGACCCCCCCCCCAAUACUGAAACAUUCAGGGUCUACUCACUCUGGGUCACACAACUCAUGCAGUGUAGUGGAAGAUCUUUUAUAGAGUAUAUUUUGAAAGCCUGCACUGCUGGAGGGGGUACGAAGAAUGACAAAGAACCUGUGCCUUAAGGGGUUAUAUCUGUAUUGUGAAUAGAUGCGUGAUAAAUACUGCUCCAUAUUUCACAAGGAACAUGUGUCCUGGUCACUUUGAGCCUUCACUUUUCUAAAUAUCUUUAUUUUCCUAAUUUAUACCCCAGUUUUACAUGAUUUAUUCUCUUGCCUUCCAUCCUUUGUCUCGCACAAGAUCUUCUGCCGUCUCCUCUCAUUAGUACAUGGCUGCACAUUUUUUUUGGGGGUGGGGGGAAGGUCUGUAUUAUGUAACCCGUUAAAAGUUCACCUGUCAUACCUUAUGAGUUCUAGUAUAUGUUUCAAGUAAUUCUAAUUUCAUCUGUACAUUGUGCUAAUGAAAUUGAUAGCAAUUGCUAUUCAGUUAUACGUUUGACCUUUUUCGGUAAGACCAUACUCUGAGAUCCAGAGCUGACCUACCUUGAGUAAUUCCUAGAGUGCACGUGGGAUGAAGAGUUUGGGGGCAGGGAGGCUGUACACACAGACUCUCUUUGCAUGGAAUUCUUUGCCUGGUGUAGGAGUAGUAAAGUAGCUUGCUGGUUAUUUCAGCUGCACAGUGUAUAGAUUGCAGUUAUAUCUACCUGGUAAUUUGGGGAAUAUGAGGUCACUUUAAUGUGUCUGAUUCAGCACUAGUUAUAAACUACAUACAAUAUGAAGAAAAUAACAGUAUUGCAAUAUAUAAUUCAGCCAUUGGCUAGUGAGAGCCCUAACGAGUAGAAAUUCACCCCUGGAGGGUGUACUAUGGCUUGUAAUGGCGAGUAACUUUUUAGGCCUGGCUACUAGCAUUGGACUUCAUAUUCUAGACCUGUUUCUGUUCUAACAAUAUGUUGGUUGCAUUUAUUUCCAUUUACAAGAUUCCAGGAUUAAAUCUCAUGCUACUUUGAGUAUUGCUACAGGCUCACAAAUGUUUGGUAGUUCAGCAAGUCCCGUAUUAAUCUUUUCACCCAUUCUCCUCUCUUUACAUCUGCCUAUGAUUGUGUGCUGCAGUACUUGGUCAUAACACAUCUACUCCACAUAUUCCUGAUGAGGCCACAGUUAGUGGUGUCUGGUACCGGGUCAUGGCUGUAAAAUAUAUAUCCAGAUUUGUUCUGAAUGCUCGGUCUCAGUAUGUAUUUGGCAGUCUUGGCAUGCUCCCGGUAAUUUACUGUGAGAUUUGUGGAUCUUCCUAUUUUUUUAAUUGAUAUAAAAUGUAAACACAGGGAAGGAGUUAAAUGCUUGGGAUGUGUAUAUAAGGCUGUCGUGAAUUGGUGAAAUUGGUCAGAUGACAUCACAGAGUACUAGACUGGUUUAUAAUUUGCUUCUGAUCUGCAGGCGCAGUGCUGGUUCUUGGCUACACGCAGCCACCUUCAUGCAAGAGGUCCCUGCACACUUAAUUCAAUAAAACUGUCAUUUAAUCAUAGGGUACUGCCGUGGGAAUAUGCAAAGCAUUCAAAAUGUGAGCUGCCCUUAAAAGCUAUAUUAGCUGCAUGUGCUGGAUUUCACACCAUUCCUAUCAGGACGCCAUGUCUCCUGCAUUCAGACUCGGACUGCUUCUCACUAUCCUUCUCUGCAGUGGCUGAUGCUCUUUGCAUAAAAUGUGAUGCUGUCAGCUUGAAAAGUGAGACAAAAUAUUUGUGAUUAACCAAAAUAUAAAUUGUCCAAACUGGAUGUGUCCUAAAUGAACUGAAGCACAAACACUGCUUUAUGGCUGACUGUGUCUUUUGCAUUGAUUUAGGGCUUUAUUCCCUUCACGUGAGAGUAUUUCUGUUCAGAAUAGAGCUCUGUAUUUUUUAUUAAAAAUGCAAAAAAGAACUUAAACUUUUUUUUUUUUUUUAAAUCCUCAUUUGAAACCUAGCCUGAAUGGCUGGCACUUAGUUAGGACAGGGCAGUGAUUUCUUGUGUACAGAUAAGGAAAAAUUUAAAUUUGCACAAUGGUUAAAAUUCCAUGUAUUUAUUCAUCCAUUACAGAUGUAUCGAGGUAGAAAAACUAGUUUAUACAGUAUUUCUUAUAUUGCUAUGUUUACGACAUCUCAAAUAUUGAUGUAGAAGCAAACAUAGCAUUUUUUUUAGAAUACACUAGAUAACCACAAAUGAUAAAAUUCGUUAAAUAUCUUGGAGUAAAGUAUUGGCAUUUGUUUUCCAGAUAUGUCACCGAAUGUCUCUGUAUGUGGAUAAAGUUCCCCACAUGCAGUAAAUACAGCCGCGCCCGGCUAAACCGGAAUCUUUACUGUUUAACAGAAGACAAUAAUCUGGAAAAAAUUGUACCAAAUUCCGAGCCAAGUAAGGCAAACGCACGGGGUACACUUUGCCAGAUGGGACUUGAUACUUGGCAGCUGCCGUAGCAACCAGAUUCCUUUUACUUUUUACAGCAAUGCUUACAAACAUUCGGUGUCACUUGUCCAAAUUCCUGUUACAUCAGUCUUCCGUGUCAUAGCUGCUUUUCAUCUGGUGAUAUAUCAAUGCUGAUAUCAAGUGAUGUUUGCGCGGGAUCCAACUACAUCUGCUUUUAGAAUUUACAUGUGUGGGGUUUAAUCCCUAAACUGGGGACUGCUGGGAAAUCACGAGGGAAUUGUAAACUCCACUACCCAAAUACAAAAAAAUAGGGGGGAAAAAAAAAUCUGUUCAAUAAUUAGACCACAAUGAAAACAUACAACCAGGAAGCAACAGGACUGAGUGUCUGAUUCACAGCUGAGUGGGUUCUAACAAGGUUAAUGUAUCAAUGUGCCAAUUUCUAUUGAAAUCUGCUCUUUUUGUAAAUUGGAAAAUAGGACGCACUCUUCACACACACAGUAUUUCAGCAAGCUAACGUGGCCAAAAUCUCUGAACUGGUAGAAUUCUGCAACUCUAUUUUUCCUUUGUUGCUUCUUAGCCAAAAUGAUUUUGUUCCCUGGUGGGUUUUCCAGUUUGGUGAAUUAACGUGUCUGUGUCUGUCAAUGGAUGCACCCAGUACUCAGAAUUCCUUUUUCAUUCAGGUGGCGGCUACAUCUGCAGCUCUAACCGUGAUCAGGACAGCUGUGUGUAAUUGGCAAACAUCAGAAAUAUCAGUAUUUCCAAGGCACAGCAGCAAUUUUAUAGGGACUACUUUGCUGAAUACUUCCAGCAAAAUAAAAGGCAUACUUGUAUUCAUAAACGUUGUCAUUCAGUUUGUGCAGGACAAGAUGUCUUGUGUGAAUUAUUUCUAUUUUCCAGAUAGUCAUUGUGGAAAUGCCAGACUUGUUUUGUAAUUUCAAGCUUCCGAUAUCCAUUCCAAUGUGUGUGGCCGCUUUAUUUAUCCAUCUAUCCUGCAGCAGACAUUGGUUAUAGUCAGGGCUCCAUGGCGACUAGACAUUUUGCCCUGGCGCUUUGGAUUUGUCAGCCUUUUACCUCAAGUGGCCGGGCAAACAAUGGAGCCGGACACUUUAGUGAUUCUGGUGACUAUAGUGUCCUUUUAACAAAAAAACUGGCUCCUAACUUUUUUUGCUGGCUCUUAGAUUCCAAACCAGUUUGUCAAGCCCUGGUUAUAGUCAGUCCUUUGUUAAAUCCCACACAUAACAGAUCUAUUUGUCAGGAACAUUAGGUUGCACUUUCACCAAAUGUCUGACUAGUUUCACAAGCGUAUUUAAGUCUGGUAUCUUAAUGGCGUCCUCAAGUGGAGGAACUGAGAUUUGGAUGUUAAAUGAAACCGUGUUUGUGAUUGCGUCCGCUGUGUUAAUAAAGCCGGUUCUGAAUGUGGGCUUAACGGUCAUUAGAAUAGCUUUUCCAGGGAUUCAGCAUGUUUGAUUAAAAUGCCAGCAGUUAGGCUGUGUGGCAGCUUACCUGUGCCUGCUCCUUGUCACAUUAAUGUAACCUACGAUUCAGUGCAAUGGAAAGAAUAUAUUAAUUUUGGCACAAUUUUGUGUGAUUCGUAUUGUUUGUGCUCAGGGCUUCAAGUCCUUGGUGUAUUUGGGAAUAAAAUGUUUAUAUUUGGCAGAAUUGAAGGCUUAAAGUGGCACUUUUAAUAAAUCUUUAUCAGAAAUUGGAUUAAAACCAGAAUUCCACAACACUAACCAAACUGUAGCAACUAAGCUUUGGUCGCCCCCUGAAAUUUACGGUUUUGUUGACUGAUGAAGGCUGCCCAAAGCAUGUGACCUUAGGCUGUGUGAAUUGGACUUGCUCAGUACCACCUUCCCAGCAUUCCAUAGUGCAGAAAAUAAAUAUUGGUUCAUUAAACGCUGAAGAUUUGCCACCAAGGUUAAAAAAUAAAGUAUGUGGAGUUUAUACAUUUCUAAUAAAGGUCACUUUAAUUAUCAGGAGUUUGCACACGUCCUCUAGUGUCAAUAAACAGCCAAAGCAAGAGAAGUAUCGAGAGGUUUUUAAAACGUGUUUGGUUAUUAUGAUGUAGAAGUUUUCAGGAGACCCUGUUAAUAAAAUGUGAGGCCUGGGAACUUGGGGUAAUCUUGUGGUAUUUAUUAUAUGAACACAGGGGGGUGUUGCUUAGCUCAGAGAAACUCCCCAGUAUCUGGCUCUAGAGAGAGAGAGCCCCAGUGCUAGAUUGGGCUUCCCAAGCAGAACACUGAGACUAUUCCCAUAGCCAGACAGGUUCUGGAGUGAUCGCCUCAUGUUUUGUUUCUAGAAAGUCACCAGUAACGAAUUCUGGAAAAGAAUCCAUCAAGUUAAGCGCCUGAAUUUACAUUUUCUGAAGUCACCGUGUGACUUAACCCAGGAGUAGUUAAUUAACUCCAAAUAACUUGUGUUCAGUAUAAAGAUCAAAGCAGACAGAUUAAUUGGUUAUUCCAAUUAAUCAGCUCAGUCCCCAGGACACGGACUGUUUUGCAUCUUGUAACACCACAGCUGCAGCCAGUUACAUGACGUAUGUUACUCCGAUCAAUUCUAAAAUCGGUCUGACGGGUGACUGUUUGGUGAUCAGCUCAUUCAUGGCUCAAACAAAUGUCAACAUCAUUAAAGUACAUUAGCGUUUUAUUUUUUGAGUACGCCUUACCUGGUAAAGUUGGUUUAACAAGUAUUUUAGGACGUCGGCCACUCAUUGCUUAGAACCCUUUAGUAAUUUGGAGGAGAACCCACAGCAGACUUACCCAAAGCCAAAACACCUUACCUCUCUUGUUACCCAAACAGCAGUAUUGUCAUCUAAACCUGCGCGCCCCGAUUUUUCGUCUACACAAGGACCAGCAGAGGGCGCCCAGCUACACCAAACCUCUCUUGUGGCAAGAGGCCUGUAUUGAGCUCUAUAUCAUGCUUUGUAAAGUGCAUUUUUAUUAUCUAGCUGGGUUUCUUGCUAAUUCCUGUUUGAUGGAAAGCCACAAGCCAGGAUCCCCAAUCGGCCAGAUUUCUGUAUAAAAUCCGCACCUGCACCAAUCAAAGGUGCAGGAAAGAGCGGCUCUGUUAUUUUUAUACUCGUUUUAAGCCUUAAUUAUAUUGUUACUUUAACAGUUGUAUGUUUUAUUAUUCUUAGUUUACUGUUUUUAAUUUUGUUAGGCUGAAUUUUUGGCUGCCCUGCUUCUAAUGUGUUGUGUAAAGGUAAUGCAGACUGAAUUUACCUGUCGGCAUGUUAAUACUGUGUAAAUAACUCUAAUAUACAUAUUAACACCUUUUCCUUUUUCUAUAUAAAAUAAAAGCCACAUGUAUUUAGAGUCUAGCUAUCUCAUUAAAUGAAAUUAUAGGGGGAAGGAAGACAUUCAGAAAAAAGACUGAAAUAGGUCACAGCUGAAAUGAUCAAUUUGCAUUAUGUAUAAAAAAAAAUAAAGAAAAUGGGGGAAAAAAGUUUAAAAGUUGCUAUUUGUAUCUGUUGUGAAAAUAAAGCUGUAAAUGAAAUGUUUGUAAAUUGCUUUUUGUCUCAAAUUUUUUUAGUGGCUAACUUGCGACAAGUGAACUUGGUGUGACUGGGUUUUGUUAACCUCGCAUAAUACAGAAAGGGAAGAAAAAAAAAAACUGCCUUAAACAGAAUCCAUUAUUUAAUAGGGUGUUAACUGAUGUAACUGUAUAAAAGAUUUCACUUGGCAGCACAGCUUACUAACCAUUAGUUAUGGCUCGAGGGAGUGGGGGGCACAGCAUAUAUCAGCUGCAAUCAGUAGACCCUGUACACGAGAUCAUCUAGUUAAUGUAUGGAUCAUAGGCUGAGGUGCUUUGAAAUGCCAUUUAAAAAGAAAUCCUAACCAAAGGAAUGAAAGUAAAUUGAACAGGUUACUCACUAGAAGCAAACUAGCUGGAAAAACGCUUUAAAUCCGUUCAGCUUUCCAUUCAGCUACUCUGGUCUGAAAUGUGACAUUCACUUAGAACUCAAGGUGUCAAAUGCCAGAUUUUAUCUGCUAAACUCUCCUCCCUCAGUAUAAUCUGCUGGGCAAAGGACGAGCCCAUGACAUUUAAAGUGACAAAUAAGAUCCGUUGGAAAUGGCAGGGUCCCACAAGGCUCAGUGAGGAGGUUUUAGUUCUGAUAUGAAAUUCAUGUCUCAGGAGUUUUAUCUGAAUUAAAGUGACCACCAGUACUAUAUAGUGCAUUUACUGCUUUCCGUGUCAUUGCUAGUUCCGGAUUUAUCGCAUUGUAUAAAUGUGUUCUGAUUUGCUGAACGGCCUGGCUGCUUGGGAACCAUGUUACUCGAUGGUUCUCUGCAGGGAUCUACAUGUUGGACACCUGCUAAAAUACUUGUUUCUCCACCCCCCACUCUCCCUCCCCGAAUAUGUGAAGGCAAUGGUUUAAUAAUGUACGGUAAUCAUUACAGAAUCCUGUAACCUUAUAGAACCUGGUCACUGCUAGUGGAUGUGCCACAUUGUCUCUGGGGUCCUCUGUGACAGCACAAGCUGGUAGCACUACCACCCCUCCAGCAGAUCACAACUGUAGCUUAUGCUUUUGUCUGACCUUACUAUAAGUCUGGCCUUGCCUGAAAACUAUAUCAAUGUUCAGUAAGAUUGCAAGCACUUGGUCGUAUCCUGUAAGCAGAGUGGGUGAGGAAAGGCUGGGUGUAGAUUCACUUACCUACGGUACCCUCUGACCAGUAUCUCAUUGUACAAGUUGGAGUCGGGAUUAUGGGAACUCCUCACCUAGACAUAUUAAUACCAGGUUUCAGGUGUCACUCCAUGAAAGGUGGUAUUGGAGCCUGCUUUUCAAGUGAGUCUCCUGGAUUGUCCACCUUCCUAUGUCGCUAAAGGUGUUAAAACCCCUUCAGACACUUACCUGAAUCAAAC